AUGCAAUUACUUGAAACAUCAUUUCGAUUUUAUACUAUUAUUAAUGAUAGGACUUCCACAAGGUGUUAUGCAUAUUUCUAAUCCAAGUAGCAAUUUUUGAGUGCAAUCAAACCAUUUUAUAAUUCUCUUUUCAACUAAAUGAAUGUGCUAUCAUGCGCAUAAAGUUUUGAGAAGAUUUAUUUUAAGACAAUAUUCAGACUUUGGUAUUUGGAGAUCUUUGAAGAUUGUGAAAUAUUUUUGAUUUGUUAUAUAAAAAGAAUUUAAUAAAAAAACAAAAAGAAAAAUGAACGUAGAGGAGAGACCUGGGACAUCGUUUACAUCGAAGAGACAGGUUCAAACUGA